AGCAACAGUUCCCAGUCUCUCGACACUAGAUUCCUCUGAACAAUGCAUUCUCUUGUCUUAUCUGCUGUUCUCUGCGUCGUUGUGGCGGACAAUCACAAUGGCUUCGGAGCGCCCUCUCCUCCCAGCAACGGGUAUGCGCCCCCAAGUAACACCUAUGGCACGCCCAACGGUGGGUACGGAGUAGACCCGGAGAUUGCCGCUUUGGCCGAGAACAUUCCUGGGGGCGGUGUCCCCGGCGAGGACUACCCUAUCUUGGCUUCCGUGCCCGACACCGGCUUCUCCUGUGAUGCCCAGUCAGUGCAGGGUUAUUACGCCGACACUCAAGCCGGCUGCCAGGUGUUCCAUAUCUGCCAGGACCGCGCCCUCAGGCGCCAACAGGACUCGUUCCUGUGCCCCAACGGUACCAUCUUCAACCAGCAGUACCUGGUAUGUGACUGGUGGUUCAACGUGGACUGUUCUCAAGCUGAGAGCUUCUACUCAGUCAACGAACUCAUCGGAGUCGUUCCUAACGCCGGUUAUGCUUAUGCUGCCGCUACCAAUGGUCUUGCCAUUGGCAACGGCAACGGGUAUGGAAAUAAUAGGAAAUAAAUAAUGAUAGGAAUAGCAUCUGCUUUUAGCGAUUUCCGGUGAAAUGAUAAUCCUUUCAUGAUUAAUCGACUAGUUUCAUAAUUACUAGUUUAACAAAUCAAGCAUAGUUGCAACAUAUGUCUGAUUUAUACAUGUUAUAUUUAUUCCCAAUAUUUAUUCACGAAAUAAAAUGAAA